AUGAAACCAUCUGCAGACCUUCUAGAGAUCAUCGUUUGCUCCAUUCUCAUCUUUGUGAGUUGUGUAGGGAACAUCUGUUUAUUCCAUUCCACAAGGAAAUGUAUCACUGGACAUUUACAGACAUCCUUCCUUCUGAUGUUCAAUCUUGUGCUCGUCCACCUCAUUAAGAAUUUGGUGGUGAAUGUCAUGAAAAUUGUUUACUCUUCAGGCUUCAUGUGGGACUCGGCUGGCUGCAAAGUCCUGCAUUUCACGGCGGCCCUGACCACCUCCCUGGCCAUCUGGUUCAUGUUACACUUUGCUUUGUUCUACCACCGGAAGCUUUACCAAACUGUCCACCCCUUAAGUGAGGUUCCAAACCUAGGGAAUCAGAAGAAGUCCUUAAAGGUGGUUACUGCACUUUGGGUGACUGGCAUAGCAGUGUACAGCCCAGUUUUACUUUAUAUGAGAAAGUCAGAUCACCUGGGUGCAGGCAAUGAAACAGAGCCCAUGUCUACUAAAAGGAUUUACAUGGAUUGCCUCAUGGACCUUGGAAACCAGCAGGUAGAAUUCUAUUACGGGAAAAUAUUUUUAGUGUUGAUCGAUAUUCUUCCUUUAGCCAUCUUAGUCUUUGUCUGUUUCUGGAUGUCUUCUCUCCUUUUGGAAAGGAAAGAGAUGACAUAUGGCGACAUCUGGAUUGGAGAUGAUGAUUCAGAAAUAGAAAUCAUUCGAGGAGCCAAGUUUAGUAUUUUAUUAAUAUGGCUGAUCACUCCACUUUGGAUUUCUCACUUUAUCUUAGUCUUUUUCUUGAAAGAAUUGGCAGACUGUGUCUUUUUUCCAGCUGUUCUGACAGCUCUCUCAUCAGGCUUCUCUGUGCUCAGUCCUUUCUUGCUUAUGCUGGUGAAUUACAAAAUGAAGUUUGUGUCCCUCUGUGGUGCCAAGGAAGAAAAACCCAUAGUGCUGCCUGCAAAUGGCAUUCUAUCACCAUACACCUAG